AUUUUGCAAGCGACAAAUCCGCCUCCUGUGUCCGAAAAGCGCCGCUCGGCAGCUCGAGGCGCUUGCAGCCGGAACCGGCAUCAACCAGCAACAGGGUGCAGCAAAUCUUCUAUGGGACCCAUGAGUGGAAUAAGAAUGAUGACCGACUCCUCCAAGCUGUGGAGAAUGCAGAUCUGGAGAAAGUGGCUUCCCUUUUGGGCAAAAAGGGAGCCAAUGCAACCAAGCAUGACAGUGAAGGCAAGACUGCCUUCCAUCUUGCUGCCUCUAAAGGAUAUAGUGAAUGUCUCAGGCUUAUGAUUACACAUGGCGCAGAAGUUACAAUUCUGGAUGGAACAGGGCACAAUGCUUUGCAUCUUGCGGCCAAGAAUAACCAUGUUGACUGCGUCAAGAGACUUCUUCAGUCCAAAUGUCCAGCAGAGAACACAGAUAGCUCGGGCAAAACCGCUUUACAUUAUGCAGCUGCUUCUGGCUGCCUUCAAAUAACUCAGCACCUGUGUGAACACAAGUGUCCAAUUAACAUCAAAGAUGCGGAUGGAAAUACGCCUUUCUUCCUGGCGGUACAAAAUGGCCACCCUGAAGUAUGCAAAUACCUUCUAGACCAUGGAGCUGAUGUCAACUCCCGGGACAAAAAUAGAAGAACUGCUUUGAUGCUGGCCUGUGAAGCUGGAAACCUGAGCAUUGCAGAAAUCCUGAUCCGAAAAGGGGCAGAUAUACAUUUGGCAGAUGCACUUGGACACAAUGCCCUACAUUACUCCACGCUUUCUGAAAACACAGGAAUUCAGAGUCUCCUUCAAUCCAAAAUGGUUCAACAGGCUGAUGCCAAGUCACCAAUCAAGUCAAAGCAGCUUGCUGACAGUUCUUCAUCUCAGGCAACAACUUCAACCCCAGCAUCUGAGAAAAGCCAACUCUUCACCUUACGAGGAUCCAAGGAAGACACCAGUGCUAUUCACUCUGAUUGCAAAGAUGGGUUAAGUGAGAGCACUGCAGGUGCUAAUAGUUUAUUGGAUGUGAGUUCAGAAACAGAGCAGCAAGAUUUGCUCCUGAUGUUGCAAGGAAAAGUUGCUUCUUUAACAUUACAAAAUAAGAAAUUGCAAGAAAAGCUUCAGGCAAGAGCCUUCAAAACAGAAGACACAGACACUACAAUGGACUCUUCUCAUUCCACCCACACAGAAUUUGGUGCUUUGACUAACAGGCUGAGUGAAGGCUCAACAGUAGCAGCCAAGGAGAUAAGCACAUCUUCCCCAAUUCUGGCACAGGCUCGGGAAGAAGCAAGCCUUAAUGAAUUACAAAUUAAACAGUUACAAGAAAGCUUAGAUGAAGUACAGAAGAGACUAGAUAGUUCAGAAGCAAAGAGGUUGCACUUGGAGUCACAGCUUCAGUCUAGUGUGCUGGAGGAGGGUCCUUUGUUAAACAGCUCAGAAAUUUCAGAGAAUGGCUCUGACCUGAGUCAGAAACUCAAAGAAACUCAACUCAAAUAUGAAGAAGCAGUGAAGGAGAUGCUGCAUGUCCAGAGACAAAUGAAACUGGGCCUGGUAACUUCAGAAAGCAAAGAGCUUGACCUGCAGGAGGCCCAAACAACCUGUGAAGAAGUGGAGCUGCUGAAGGAAAAGCUGAAGAAAGCUCAGGAAGAUGAUGAAAUGCUGAAAGUGAAGGUGAAGGAACUAGAAAUAAAGCUGGAAAAAAAGGAAAGAAAUGCAGCUAGUAUAAUGUCUGUGGAGGAAUGUGAGGAGAUGAAAAAGUCUUAUUGUUCAGUUAUUGAAAAUAUCAACCAAGAGAAGGUGUUCCUAAUUGAGAAAUAUAAAGAAGGACAGGAAGAAAUCAGAAAGCUUCAAGACAGACUGAAGACUCAGAUGGAAUUAGGGCAGAGUGAUGAAGCUGAAGAGGUGAAGGAUGCAAAGAACCAAAUGAUAAAUGAACUCAACAGGCAGGUUAGUGAACUUUCUCAAAUGUACAAAGAAGCCCAGGCAGAACUUGAAGAUUGCAGGAAGAAAAGCACUCCAGAAGAUCUGAGUUCAGGAUACAUACCUCUGGAGGAAUGUGAGAAGUUAAUGGAGGCCACCGUCUCACAGAGAGAACAAGCUGAACAUGCUUUGUUGGAAAUGAAGACACAGUACACAAAAGUGUUAAGUGAAAUGACCGAACUCCAAAACUUGGUUGACACUCAAAAGAAGAAUUCGGUCUCCAUCACAGAACAUCUUCAAGUAGUUACUGCUCUCCAGACCUCAGUGAAGGAAAUGGAAGAAGAAAUAAAUGCGCUCAAAGAGCAGAUUCUUCAUAAAGAGAGUGAAGUGCAGCGUCUGCAGAAGGAGUUGUUAGAAGAAGAAGCUGCAGUGUGUGAAGCCAUGGUGCCUAGAGUAUUGUAUGAAGAGCUUCGGACUUCUUCAGAAAAUGAAGUCAACUCCUUGUCAUCCAAGCUGAAGGAUCUGAUGAAAGAAAAGGAGGCCUUGUCUGCCGAUCUUGCACAGUUGAGGAAGGAGAUCUCCCAAGUGAAAGGGGAGAAGGACAACCUCCAAACUCUUCUCCAAGCCAAGGAAGAAGAAAUCAAAGGGCUACUUCAUCAAUAUCAUAAGUCUCAAGAAGAACUCCUCAAAAUGAAAAAAGCUUCUGAGAGUGCCUUAAAAAUGGAUGAAGACAAAGAUAAAAAGAUAACAGACAUGUCUAAGGAAGUUACCAAGUUAAAGGAAGCAUUGAACAGUCUUUCCCAGCUGUCUUACUCAACUGGUACACCUAAACGACAAAGUCAGCAGCUGGAGCUGUUGCAGCAGCAAGUGAAGCAGUUACAAAACCAACUGGCUGAAACAAAGAAGCAACAUCAGGAGAUUGUUUCUGUUUACAGAACACACUUGCUUUAUGCUGUGCAGGGCCAGAUGGAUGAAGAUGUCCAGAAAGUGCUGAAACAGAUUUUAACAAUGUGUAAAAACCCAUCACAAAAAAAAGGUGAAACUGUUUUUGUGGAUCCCUGAUUGUGCUGCUGCUGCUGCUGCUGCUGCUGCUGCUGCAGAAUUUGAAGCUCACCUUAGAAAGUUUUCCAAAGUGCUAAUUUUGCAUCUUGGACAUAAAUGCAGAAUUCACCAGAGAUUACAGUUUACUAUAAAUCAGGGAUGAUCAACCUCUGACCUUCAGUAUUAGAACGUGGUUGUGUGUUUUCUUGAAUUAUGAUGAGUUGAGGUAAACUUUCAACAUUUUAGUUAUAAGCAGCUGCACCAUUUGAAGUUAGAGGCAGAAAUUAAUUGUUCAAUUCCUGGUUAUUUUUAAAUGGAUAAAAUUACCUUCUUUAUAUUUUUAGGCCUUCAGAUGUCCAAUAUAACCUAGAAGCUAAUCGUAAGGAAGACAACUUCACCUUGUUGAGCAAAGCCAGCUGCAGUGUUUUCUUUUUAUUUAUCAAGUAAUUUAUGGACUGCGAAAGCACCAGAUUUGUCAUAUGUAUUAAAUAGGUAACAUAAAAUAUAGCCAUGUACUAAGUGGGUGGGAAACCAUAGUCCUUUUAUGACUUGUGGACUGCACUCCCAGAAUUCUGGAAGUUGAAGUCCACAAGUCAUAAAUGGGCCAUAGUUCCUCACCCCUGUUCUAAAACAAGUAACUACUUCUGAAACAGCUAAUUGCUAAAACCUCAGUUUUAUUAUCAGGCAGGAAAUCAAACUAUCUAUGCAAAAUUUUGCAGUUCUAUUGGGAAUAGAACUUAGAAGAGGGAAAAGGGUAUUUCAAAUUGCAAGCAAGGGAUCUGAUUGAAUUCAUGAUGUUUACAGUGAGUUAUCUUAUCUCACAGUUCCAAACCUCACUUUUGUAAAGAAAAUAAAAAUCUUCUCUAUGAUAUAUUUUUACUGGCCCUCCAAUUUAGAAAAGCCUUUAUAAUGAAAUGUGUUUGCUAUGUAAUACUUUUGCAAUAGACUUUAAUAAGAAUUUACGCAAUUUCUUUCUUGGUUUUCUCCCUUAACAUGCACUCUGUAAUAAAAUUAGUGGAAGUAGUCCACUCUCUCUAGAAAACUUGUGCUGAAGUAGAACUGUCCAUGUAUUUUAGAUAUGUUGUUGUUUUCUUUUCCAAAAUGCUGUAACAAUUAAAGCAGAGAAAAAGCCUGUUUCCCAGAAAUGUUUGUCGCAUUAAAUGAAAUAUGGUUAGGGAUGGUUCUAUAAAUUGCAAUGGUGCCUAAAAAUCGUUUGGCUGCUAAAUUUUAGUAAAAAUGAAUAAUAGUUGUAAUAGAUAAUCCAGGUUGAUAGUAGCAACAUGAAUGAUGAUAACCAGUAGUGUUUAGAGCAGUGUUUCUCAGCAUUGGCAACUUUUGAAGAUGCAUGGACUUCCAACUCCCAGAAUUUGCAACGUUGGCUGAGGAUUCCUGGGAGUUGAAGCCUACACAUCUUCAAGUUGCCAUGGUUGAGAAAUACUGUAUUAGAAUAUCAUUUUGGGAUAGCAAGAAGAAAUAUGUUAUGCUUUAUCUUCUAUUUUAAGGACAUGUUUAUACUGUUAAUUGGUUUCUGGAAUCAAUUUCAAACUAGUAUGAGCUUGCCAAGGAUGUCAAUUAUUUUAUGGAAGAAUAUCACAUAAAUAUAGGAUUCCCAGUAUUUAAUUGAUGAAAAGUAUAACUUGCAGAAUUAAUUUGAUUAAACAAAUUUACACAUCUAGUGUAAACAUGUAUUUUCAUGAGCACUCAUAUUUCAGAGACGGAUAGUGGAUGCCACAGUUUUGAAAACUAGACCGCACUGAUUAAAGUUUUUAAACAGAAUUUGUAAAAUGAAUAAAUGCAUCACUCCAGCUGUCCCUAGGUUAAAAAUAAAGCCCCAUAUCUAAACAAUGUAUAUUUCCCCUAAAACAAAGAACCAUUUUGUGUCUUUGGUGUAUGGAAUGACUUAAUUAUAAACAACCUCACCCCUACAAAGAUCCUCAGAGGCCUGUAAUAUAAGUGGCAAGUAAUUGUUCAGUGUCUCAGGGCUACAACAUUCACCAGGCACUUACAUAGUUCUCUCAUUUACUUUUUAUUUUUCUGUUGUUCUUUUAACAAUGAGCAGAAUUUUGAACUGAAUCCUUUCCUUCUGUCUCAUUCUUUCUUCUGCCUUUCUCAGUAUUUGAAUAAUUGAGAUAAUAUUUCUUCACACAGCACCUGUUUUAAUAUUUCAAGGGGGUGGGAAAACUUUGCAGCAUUUACCAGCAAAACAAACAAAACAUAACUCUUAACAGAGGUCAAUAAACACUGCCAGGUGUAACACUUGAGGAACGGUUUUGUAGGUUUGCCUAACAUUUUUAUUUUGUUACAUGUAUUUAUUAUGAUUAUCCUUAUGGACACAUUGGAAAUUGUAUUCUAUAGUAUAGUAAUAGUCCUUUGUACAUUUACAGAAGUUUCCUUAUUCAGCUAAUAAAAGUUUUUUUUUGUCCGUG